AGCGGCUGCGUUGAUGUCUCUCAGUGUAACGCGGGGAACCGUGUGUGGUAGACGUGGAGGGUGUGUGCACGCCGCUGUUUACAGAAGUGAAAAAAAAUGUAAAUAUCCCGUGAAAAUUCGUAUCCUACCUCUGUGCCAUAAAAAAAACAAAACAUUUAUUCUUAAGUACAACAAAUUAUUUAUAACCACGACCGAAAGAUAAAAAACAAACAAAACAAAAGGAAAAUACAUAAAAAAAAACAAAAGGACUGUAGAUCAUUUUGUGAUUUUACGAGUUUAUAAUUACAAUUACUGAUCGCUUAAAUCACAAGAACAUUAACUCCCAUACGUCGAGAAAUAAGGAAAGAUUAAAUCAGUUUUGAGAAACAGACAAUCCGGAGAGAAAUUCUUUUCAAAUCCCACCAAGAUUAAAGGAUCUUCAAGAUUUUCGUCAAGAAUUUCGAGGAAGGGGGCCAGCGGCUUAGUCGAAGAGACAGAAAUCAUUCUUUCACUCUAGUCAUGCAACAAAGAAUGCGCAAGAACUCGAAGGACAUUGUUUUAUUCAAGAACCAUGCUAGCUCCAAGGAUAAUGACGUCAGCGGAGCAUCACUAGGUGGAGCUGAGAGGACAUAGUCAUAAUUCUACUCGAGAAGAUCAUGGUGUCAUUAAUUCAUGCAGUAGAUACCCCACCACCUGCCAAGAUGUCGUACAUGGGCAUGAGCCAGCACAUCGACUUCGACAACCUGCCUGACCCCAACACGCGCUACGAACUCCUAGAGGUCAUCGGCGAGGGCACGUAUGGCGAGGUCUUCGCUGCCAAGGACCAUGAGACGGGCGGCAUGGUCGGCAUCAAGAUCAUGGAGAACAUCGGGGAGAACCUUGAGGAGAUCGAGGAGGAGUUCCUGAUCCUCCGCGACCUCAGCCUCCACCCGAACCUGCCGGCCUUCCACGGGAUCUUCCUCAAGCGCGGCAACAAGCAGGAGGAGGACCAGGCGUGGAUCGUCAUGGAGCUUUGUCCCCGAGGUUCAGUGACAGACCUUGUUCAAGCACUCAUAAGACGAGGCCAGAGACUGACGGAACAGCAGCUUGGUUACAUUCUCAAGGAAACCAUUGAUGCCAUGGCAUACCUGCACCAGAACCACUGCAUGCACCGUGACAUCAAGGGCCACAACAUCCUCCUGACCGACCAAGGGGCCAUCAAGAUCAUCGACUUCGGCGUCAGUUCCCACCUGUCCUCGACGUGGGGCAGACGCAACACUUCCGUUGGAACGCCUUACUGGAUGGCUCCUGAGGUCAUCGCGUGUGAGCAGCAGCUGGACUAUAGCUAUGACGUCCGUUGCGAUGUCUGGUCCCUGGGCAUCACCGCCAUCGAGCUCGCCGACGGAGAACCGCCGCUUUCUGACGUCCACCCCAUGAGGGCGCUGUUCCAGAUACCCAGAAAUCCCCCACCAAGUGUCGAGCGUCCUAUCGAAUGGUCAGCGGAGUUCAAUGACUUCGUGGCCGAAUGUCUCGUGAAGGAUUUCGAACAGAGGGCGACGCCAAAGGAACUGCUGCUACAUCCUUUUAUAAAGGGCGUGCCUAAUAACCCGGAGGAGAUCCGCCGCCAGCUGACCCAGCUGCAGGACGACCUCAGGACGAAGAACCAGAUGGUGCAGAAGAACCCCGAGGCCACGAUCAAGGGCGGGGCGCUGAAGGCGGACCGGAAGACCAAGAGGACGCCCAUUUGGAUGGAUGACCUGGCCAGCAUGGAGAAGCUGUCGGAGGAGAUCAUCGUCGACCACCUGAACCGGCGCUACGACACCAACCAGAUUUACACGUACAUGGGAGACAUCCUCAUCGCGGUCAACCCCUUCAAGGAGAUUGGGGUUUACGGAGAGAAGGAAUCUCGAAUGCACCGCGGUAUGGGCAAGAGCGAGAACCCUCCUCACAUCUACGCCAUGGCAGACAACAGCUACCACACGAUGCUGCAUCAGAAGCAACAGCAGUGCAUCGUUAUAUCGGGGGAGUCGGGAGCCGGGAAGACGGAGAGCGCUAAUUUCCUGCUCAAACAGCUGGUCACGCUCGGCAAGGCACCCAACAGAAACCUCGAAGACAAGAUCCUGUUAGUAAACCCCAUCAUGGAAGCCUUCGGGAACGCCAAGACGGGAAUUAAUGACAAUUCCUCGAGGUUCGGCAAAUACCUGGAGCUGACGUACACGCGCCUCGGCAAAGUCACGGGAGCCAAGAUUUCCGUUUACCUCCUGGAGCAGUCGAGGGUGGUUCACCAGGCGAACUCUAACAUGGUUUCCAGGGGCGAGCAGAAUUUCCACAUCUUCUACUACCUGUACGACGGUCUUGAAGCCGAGAACAAGCUGAUGCAAUACAGUCUUGACAAGAGCAAGCGAGAUAAACAUCGAUAUCUUGCUGGUGCGGCGUGGAGUAAGGAGAAGAGUGAGGCGGCCGUACAGCAAUUCAACAAGGUGGUCGAGGGUUUCACGUCCCUAGGCUUCCGAGACGACGAGCUGGACUCCGUGUACAGGAUCCUGGCGGCGAUCAUCAACCUGGGCGACGUCGAGUUCUAUCAGACGAUCGAUAAGGAUAACAUGGAGCAGGCGGCGGUCAAAAAUGUGGAGCAGAUUAAGAUCGUAUCAGAACUCCUGGGCAUCGACCCGGCGGACCUCGCGGACGCCCUGACCUCCAACAGCGUGGUGACGAAGGGCGAGAUCAUCACGAGGAACAACACCGUGGAGGAGGCUGUGAGCACGCGGGACGCCAUGGCCAAGGCGAUGUACGGGAGGCUCUUCGACUGGAUCGUCAAUAACAUCAAUCGGCUGUUGUCCUUCUGCAGGAUUGUGUACGGAGACAGUUUAGCCGUGGGUCUCCUCGAUAUCUUCGGCUUCGAGAACUUCGAGAUCAACUCCUUCGAACAACUGUGCAUCAACAUAGCCAACGAGCAGAUCCAGUAUUUCUUCAAUCAACAUAUCUUCACGUGGGAGCAGCAGGAGUACAUGUCGGAGGGAAUCGAGGUGAAUAUCGUGGAAUUCGCCGACAACCGACCUAUCCUGGACAUGUUUUUGGCCAAGCCGAUGGGCCUCCUCGCUCUGCUGGACGAGGAGAGUCGGUUCCCACAAGCGAGUGAUCAGUCCCUUGUUGACAAAUUCCACAGCAACAUCAAAUCUCAGUUCUACGUGAAGCCCAAAGCCCAGAGCCUCGACUUCACCGUGCGCCACUUCGCCGGGAAAGUCUCCUACAACUCCGACAAGUUCCUGGAGAAGAAUAAGAACUUCCUGCCCACCGAAGUGAUUCAGUUGUUCAGACAGAGCGCUCAUGAUGUUAUAAGAUUCCUGUUCCAGUGCCCGCUGACCAAGACGGGCAACCUGUACUACGCCACGCCCCGCGCCUCCCCCCGCGGCACCAUAAGCGACAGGCCCAAGUCCCGCCAUGGCAGCACCAAAACACAGUACGACAGCCGCGGCCUCGCCUCGCAGACGAAGGCGCAGCAGACAGUGGCCACCUACUUCAGGUACUCGCUCAUGGAUCUCCUGCAGAAGAUGGUGAACGGGACGCCGCACUUCGUCAGGUGCAUCAAGCCCAACGACGAGAAGCUUCCGAAUAAGUUUGAUAGCAAGAAGGUACAACGUCAGCUGCGUUACGCGGGCGUGAUGGAGACCGUCAGGAUCCGGCAGCACGGCUACUCGCAUCGCAUUCCCUUCGCCGAGUUCCUGCGCAGAUACUGCUUCCUGGCCUUCAACUUCGACGAGCGCGUGACAGCCUCGAAGGAGAACUGCCGCCUCCUCCUCAUCCGCCUCAAGAUGGACGGCUGGGCGAUCGGCAAGACGAAGGUGUUUCUCAAGUACUACCACGUGGAGUACUUGGCCAAGAUGUAUGAGAAGCAGAUCCGGCGCGUGAUCCAGGUGCAGGCGUGCGUCCGGCGGUGGCUGGCCCGCGUCAGGUACCAGAAGCAGAAGUGGGCUCUCGCGCGCUCCGUCAUCACGCUCCAGAGGUACACACGAGGCUGGAUCAUCCGCAAAAAAUACCAAGAUGAAAUUCACAAACCCAUCCCCCCACCCCCCACCCAGAAGGCCCCGGCCCCCCCACCGCCCACCGAGAAGUCGCAGCAAAAGGACGCAGCGCAAUGGAUGAAGGCGAAGAUGAUGGGCGCCCUUGGAGCUCAGUCCUCGCUCGACGGCGAACCCAAGAAGGAGGCGAAGAGGGAGGCCCCGAAGCCGCCCAAGACGCCGAAGACGAAGGAGACCAUGUCGGAGGAGGAAGCGGCCGUUAUUAUCCAGUCUCAUUUCCGCGGACACCUGACGCGGCUGGAGUGGGGACCGGCCCUUGAGGAGAGACUGAAAAAGUUGGUUGAGAAACAUAUUGAUAACGCGGAAGAGGCUUCUAAAGCUCUGGAGGCGGAGGGCCUGUCACCGGAGGAGGCGGCGAUGAUUAUCCAGAAGUUCUGGGGAAAACACAAGAAGGAGAAGAAGAAGAAGGAGGAAGAGAAGGAGAAGGAGACUCUCGAACCCAAGAAGGAAGUGGGACGCUACACCAACAGCAAGAAAAUGAUGAGUCUCAUUAUGUUCUCGGAAAAGGUGCACAUGUCCAACCAGGAAACCCACAAGUACCUCCGACGCCACAAGGCCGGGAUACGCCUGGAGGAGAUCAAGGCCGCGCCCAAGGACUACCAGAGGCCCAAGGGCUUCGACCACAUCCCGCAAGUGAUCCACGAGCAGCGCAAGAGAGGAGCUCCGCAGGCCCCGAUUUCCGCCAACCGACCUGUCAUCAAGAUCACUUCAACGGACGAAAAAAUCUCCGAAUAUUACGAUUUCUUGCAAGAGGAAAUGAGAAGUCCUACACCGGACUUUAACCCCGAUACCCCCUGGGACGCGCCCCUGGCUUCGAAAAUCCAGCGUCCAUUCCGGCCGAGAGCUGUUGGAACCAAGGAGAAUGUUAAGAGCCGCGUCAGCCCCGUCAGCCCCGUCAGCCCCGAGACCACCGUGAGCCCCGAGAGCCCCGAGAGCUCCGAGAGCCCCGAGAACAAAGUGGACCUUCGGCAGGAGAAGAUGAAGGUGCUGAAGGAGGGUCUGGUUAAUCAGAACAUGGCCAAUCAGGAGAAAUCGGAAGAGCAUUUAGUCAAGUGGAAAGGCGCGGUAGCGUUCGGCGCCGGCGUUCCCCCGCCCGAGCUGGUGCCUAAGGGGCGCGUGACCCCAACCACCAACAUGAAAGCGGCUUCGGAGCUCCGCCAGAUGCUUCGCUCGAACGGGGCAUCGGCCAAAGCGAAGGCCCCGCCGCCUCCUGCCCCCGCAGGCCCCGGCAAGGUUUCGACUGACGACGACGCUGGUCCUUACAACUUCAGACAGUUACUGAGGAAGACCAACUACGCUCCUACAGAUACUAUUAGGAAGAGGCAACUAAAGAGGGACGGAGUCAAUGGAGAGUAAGCAAGCAGUACGCCCAACCCCAAGAUACAACAUCCUUUCAAGAUAUUUGUUUUUAACUCUGACUCUGGGUUAAAGGCAGAUAUUUGCAGAAUUCUGUUAUUGUUGUUGUUGUUAUUGUUGUUGUUUCUCAAUCUGAACCCCUCUCCCCCUCAUUCCCUUUAUCCUCAGCCUCCCAACCAUUAAAGUCAUAGCCAUCUAUAUAUACACUUUUGGCAUAUAUAUAGAUCCUUUUUUCCAAAUAGAUUGAUGCUAUUGGUAGUAGUUGUCUUGAGAAUUAUGUCGAUAGAUUUGAUAAUAUGACAACAGUUGCAUCACUGUAAAGAAAAUUUUAUCAAUAGACUUUGAUUUGUGUUUCAUAAUCGCCCAUUUAAAUGAACUGUAGAAUGUCUUCAAUAUAGGGUUAUUCCCCCCAAUAAUGAUUGUAUAUGUGUUCUAUUAUACAUAUUCCGUCGUUAUAUUUUUCGUUAUUCAUACUUUUGAAGAAAGAAAUUCGUGUACCGUAGCAGUGAAAAAGAAGAGUAUUGUAGUUGUGAAAAAUUGAGUUAUGCAUUGGAAAAAGAAGGGUUUAUAUACUAUAGUUGUAAAAAAAAAAGUUUAUGAAUCGUAGAGGUUAGCUGAGAGGAAGGAAGGUAGUUGUGAAAUGUUUUAUGAAACGUAGCAGUGAAAAAGGAAGGGCUAAUGUACUGUAGCUGUGAAUAAAGAGGUUUUAUGUUCCGUAGCAGUGAAAAAAGGAGGGAUAUGUGUACUGUGAAAAAUUAAAUAGGUCCAUGUAGAGGUCUUAUUUAUUAUGUUUAUAGCGGUGAAAAAAAGAGAUUUACGUAGGUGGUUUUCAUGCUAGUCAUUUUGCUCUCAAUUCAAAGAGCUCUUAAUAUUAAUGAUUAUCACUUUCUGAUUUAUCCCGUUUGGUCUGUGAACGAGAAGAUUUUGUUAGACAAAAUGCCUUAUUAAAAAAAAAUUGUCUUUAUUUAGGUUUCUCAUUAUAACAUUAUGCAUUCAGAUUGAUCUAAUGGCAUUCAUUCGAAAGACAGAUUAAAUAUGAAUUAUUUGUUUUAUAUUUUAUGAAACGAAGAUAUUCCGAUUUAUUAAGACAAUACUCUUAUGUGUCUGCAUGUGUUAUAAUUACCUUCAAUGACUGAAAAUUUUUGGAUGAAAAAGGCUUGUGUGAGAGAACAGUAUGUCAGCUUUUAUCCCAAUAAAGAACAUUAUCAAAG